CACCUCUCCCUCUCUCUCUCUCUCUCUCUCUCUGCAACGCUCUUUUAGGCACGAGAACUGUGUCCAAAGCCGUCGUCACUCCGGCUACUCAACGGUCUCUCCAUUCACUUUCCUCGUUACUCUCUCUCUCUCUCUCUGUUCAUUAUAUACAAUGAUUUCCAAUGAAUUUCACUAGAAGAAGCGCAUAAAGUUUCUACUUACGGGGAUCGAUACUUGGAUUCUUGGCUUGCUGGUUCGUCAAUGGAUCUGCAACUAGGGCUUUAACUUCUGCUAAAACCCUACUUCCCAACCUCUUCAAGCUUUUCGAAUCUCAAAAUGAAGCAGAAAAGCGAGCUUAUUACUACUACAAAGAUUCUGAAGUACGUUUUGAUCGGAUUAAUCGUGUUCCUCGGGUUGAUUUGUCUGUACUACGGUUCCUCGAUCGCUCCUGGUUUGCCGAGAGCCGACGAUGCUGCAGCCCUAGACGAUGGCACCGAUCCUGUAAUCCGCGGCUUCGUUCCCAAACACGAUUACUUUGAUGAAUUGUUCGAAGAUCAAGAGCAAAAUCCUGAAGUCCCCAAGAGUAUACCUGUAUGUGAUAUGAAGUAUUCGGAAUUGAUACCGUGUUUGGAUAGAAAUCUGUUGUAUCAGUUGAAAUUGAAACCGAAUUGGACUCUAAUGGAGCACUAUGAACGGCAUUGUCCACCACCGCAACGGCGUUACAAUUGCUUCAUUCCCCCUCCUACUGGGUACAAGAUCCCAAUUAGAUGGCCCGCAAGUAGAGAUGAAGUAUGGAAGACAAAUAUACCACAUACCCAUCUUGCGCUAGAGAAAUCGGAUCAGAAUUGGAUGGUUGUGGAUGGGGACAAGAUAAAGUUUCCUGGUGGGGGAACCCAUUUCCAUGAUGGAGCUGACAAGUACAUUAGUGCUAUUGCUGGGAUGCUUAAGUUUCCUGGUGAUAGACUCAACAAUGGUGGGAAUAUUCGCAAUGUUCUUGAUGUGGGUUGUGGGGUUGCAAGUUUUGGGGCAUAUCUUCUACCCCUCAACAUUAUAGCUAUGUCUCUCGCACCCAAUGAUGUUCAUGAGAAUCAAAUACAGUUUGCCCUGGAGAGGGGUAUACCAUCUACACUAGGUGUCUUGGGGACAAAAAGAUUGCCUUUCCCAAGUAGAUCAUUUGAACUUGCUCAUUGCUCGCGAUGUAGAAUUGACUGGCUUCAAAGGGGUGGAAUUCUCUUGCUUGAACUUGACAGAUUGCUACGACCAGGAGGGUAUUUUGUGUACUCUUCUCCAGAAGCCUACGCACAUGAUGCGGAAAAUAAAAGAAUUUGGAAUGCUAUGUAUGAUCUUCUGAGAAAGAUGUGCUGGAGAGUUGUUUCAAGGAGAGACCAGAGUGUUAUAUGGGCUAAACCACUGAGUAAUAGCUGUUACUUGAAGAGAAAUCCUGGGACCCACCCUCCAUUGUGCAGUUCUGAGGAUGAUCCAGAUGCAAGUUGGAAUGUGUUGAUGAAGCCGUGCAUUACCCCAUACUCAGCAAAAAUGCACAGAGAAAAAGGGAGUGGCCUAGACCCUUGGCCAAAAAGGCUUAUAGCGGCUCCCCCUCGUCUUGGAGAAAUUAAUGUCAGGUCUGAAGAAUUUCAAGAAGACUCAAGUAUAUGGCAUUAUAGAGUGACAGAGUACUGGAAGCAGAUGAAAUCUGUUAUACAGAAGAAUUCCUUCAGAAAUAUUAUGGACAUGAACUCAAAUCUUGGUGGAUUUGCUGCUGCCCUUAAAGAUAAAGAUGUUUGGGUAAUGAAUGUUGCUCCAGUCAACUCAUCAUCCAGAUUGAAGAUUGUAUAUGAUCGAGGCUUAAUCGGAACAGUUCAUGACUGGUGUGAAUCAUUUUCUACAUACCCACGCACCUUUGAUCUCCUUCAUGCUUGGACAGUGUUUUCAGAUAUUGAGGGUCGUGGCUGUAGUUCAGAGGACCUUCUGAUUGAGAUGGAUCGUAUGCUACGGCCUGAGGGUUUUGUCAUCAUAAGAGACAAACCUUCUGUCAUAAACCAUAUACGGAAAUUCUUGACUGCCUUGAGAUGGGAUGGAUGGUUAUCAGAAGUAGAACCAAGGGUUGAUGCUCUCUCCUUAAAUGAGGAAAGAGUCUUAAUUGCAAGAAAGAAAGUGUGGGAGGACGGUUCUACAACAAUGUGAAUAUGCUGGUCAUAAGUGCAUUUAGGAGUUCAAUGCUGACUGAAUUUGAAAAGAAGGGACCGUGACAUCUUUUCAGUUGCCUUCGCAGACAAGAAUCCUCCCUCCCUCGGGCAUUGGGGAUGAUAAUGAGUUUAAAGCAUAUUGAUAUAAAACUGUCUGCGGAGUAUGCAGUGAGAUUUUAUUUGGGUGAUAUAGAUAUGCAUACCCGUUGGAAACAAACCACCCCUGAAGCAAAACAAGGAUUUCCAUAUUGUGUAUUUAUUUGGGUUAGAUACCAAGACUUUAAAAUUUGAUUUUAAAGUAACUUUGGCAUUUAUUACUCAAAACCCUGCCACUGGUCCUGCCCUUGCUUAUUCUUUUACUGUUGUUUUAUUUUUUGACAAUAAAGAGCAACAGAGUACAUUGGGAGAGUGA